CACACGAGUGACGUUUUCAAAUUUUAGUGCCUGUACUUCUCGAAGAUAGAUGAAAAGGUGAAUGAUCAAGUUACAAAUGCAAGUAGGAGGAUCUUUGGCUGCUCUCCUUAAUACCGGAAAUAAGGAAGUAAAGUCUGAAGCGAUGAUUCUGUGUCUCGAUACUUGCAGGAGCGGAGGCGCAGCCACCGAGUGCUGAGCCGCCCAUCAAGUUGGUGGUGGAUGCGUAUGCAGCGGCCGCGUAGACAGGAUCAACUGCAGCUCUGCUAACUGCUAACGCUCAGACAGGAUCUUGAUCUGCUAACUCCAGUUCCAGCUGAUCUCCACUUCCAGCUGCUCCUCUCGAUACUGGCGGAGGCGCUUACGGAGCUAUUCGGCUCUACGAUUGGAGAGGGUACAGCGAAGAUCGACGCGUUGGGAGAACGAGGACGUAAGACGGCAAACGCAAACUGUGCUCGUGCACUAGGUUGAGUCAUCUAGUACUCACCACCUACAAUUCCAAUCUGAUACUCCACUUGUCCGUCUGUUUCCGGAGCACAGCGACGGCGGGGUCCUUUGACAUUUGAACGCCCUCGCCGCUCAGAUUACAGCAUUGGAGCAAAAUGCAGAAGCAACAGGUAGAGAACAGCUAUGCGCUGGCUCCGGAAUACCGGAUGAAAUUCCGGACUGCUGCUGUCAAGGAGAUACUGAAGGAAAUACUUGUUAUGGCGUUUUAAACUUUAUCAUCAAAAAAUACACGAAUCAUGCUAUUUGGUUACUCGUGCACAGCAUCGCUCAUUGGACAUAGGCAUAGACGUAGAUGAGGUAGACACUGCAUGGCAGAAGAUUGACAUCCGCAGCCUCAUCGCUUUCGUUGCAAUCAGAACAACUGAACUUCUAACGCAGCGCAGAAGCUUGAAGGAGUUUCGUAUCACGCCGAAGGCAGCAAUGCUCUCGCGAAGCAGGUAAUGUUCAAUAAAUGCUACUUUGGUAGAGUAGAUCGUUGUAAUUGUAACAAGAAGAUAUUACAUAUUAACUCCUCCUACUCCUACUCAAGAACCGACUCCAGCCGAUACUAUAGCCACACAGAGAUCAUUCUUCUCCUUCUUUCUCUUCAGGUAGCAGAUGAGAUGAAAGAACGGCUUCGGGACGAACAACAAGCAGGGAGGUUGGAUGCAAGAUACAAGGUGGUCACUCAGGUAAUUUUUUGGUCAAAUCAUACAAUUCUGGAAUAAUGCAGCCGAGACCGAGAGAGUGAUAUGUACUUGAUGCAGGACGUAGACGAAACUCCGUCCUCUUAAUCUUACUUGAUUACUUCUAAAAACUAAGAUUAUGAUUUUCUUGACCUUGUUGUAGCUUUUCUGCUUAUUUUUUACAGGUAUUCAUCCUGGAGCAGCGUGGACAGGGUGUGCGUGUCGGCCACCGCGCAUUUUGGGAUGAGGAAACCGAUAGUUUUGCCACAGAAUCAUACUCAAAUGACCACAUUUUUUGCAUUGCCACUGCCUAUGGUAUCUAUUUCUACUAGGUUGGUCAUAGUUUGGUUGAAAAUGAUGGACUUGCAGCCCACAGUAACCCCGACACCUUAGCUCUUUUAGCUCACGAUGAGAUUGUGGCACACCACAUGACAUAAUUUCACUAGCCACAGUUUGAUGUUGUUCCUUUACAAUUACAUGCUUCAGAGAAGCAUGAAGAAGCACGGUAGAAUAUUAUUGUCAACAUUGAUUUCUUCUAGUCCUCAUUCCCUUUGCGAUUUUCUCACAGUCGACAUCAUUUGCAACUAUUGAAUCGUUUUCUCGAGAACAGCGAAGAACAGUUAGAGGUAGACCAUUGAUUGGUCGUUUCAGCACGGCAAAGCUCUCACAGUCUUUUUCUUAAAGAGUCCUUGAACUGAAAGCGUAUGACCACUGUAGGAAGGAUGAAAGGAUGACCACCCCGACGUCUGUUUACGACACAAACUGCGUCGUCGGGACAGAACUUACGUUUCCUUCUCUGACGAUGUAGUUGCACUCUUGGGUCUCCUUGCAAUUGGCUGCUGAUUCUUGGAGUUUUCUUUUGUGUUCAUGCUUGC